CCCUCCACCCGCCGCGUCCCAGGGCCGGCGAGCAGCCGCAGCAGCGUCGAGAGGACGGCCUGAGGGCCCGAGGGGACGGCCCGAGGGACGGCGGGGCUGGCGGAGGCGGCUCCCGGGGCCGCGGCCCUGCCCAGCGCCGGCUCCUCUCCGCGCCUGGUUGGUGCCGGCGGGGCCGGGGGCGCGGCCAGGCCGGGGCCGGCCCGGUAAAGCGGCGGAGCGGGCGCGGCGGCCCCGCACCAUGGAGGGGCACCUGGCUCGCUGCAAGAUCGUGGUGGUGGGGGACACGCAGUGCGGCAAGACGGCGCUGCUGCACGUCUUCGCCAAGGACUGCUACCCCGAGAGCUACGUGCCCACCGUCUUCGAGAACUACACGGCCAGCUUCGAGAUCGACAAGCAGCGCACGGAGCUCAACAUGUGGGACACCUCAGGCUCAGCCUAUUACGACAACGUGCGGCCCUUGGCCUACCCCGACUCGGACGCUGUGCUCAUCUGCUUUGACAUCAGCCGCCCCGAGACCCUGGACAGCGUGCUCAAGAAGUGGCAAGGGGAGACACAGGAGUUCUGCCCCAACGCCAAGAUCGUGCUGGUGGGCUGCAAGCUGGACAUGAGGACAGACCUGAACACCCUGCGGGAGCUCUCCAAGCAGCGCCUCAUCCCCGUGACACACGAGCAGGGCAGCGCGCUGGCACGGCAGAUUGGGGCGGUGGCCUACGCAGAGUGCUCCUCCAAGGUGUCGGAGAACAGCGUGCGGGACGUGUUCCAUGUGACCACGCUGGCCUCGGUCAACAGGGUGCACAAGAACCUCAAACGCAGCAACUCCAAACGGGGACUGAAGCGGGCGUCACAGAUGCCUGGCAGGACAGACUUCCUGAGUGACACAGAGAUCAGGAAAGACCGAGCCAAGAGCUGCUCCAUCAUGUGAAAAAUGGGCUGUAAAUAACGUGUGUGUGUUGUCCAUUUGUACAGUAACUGGCUGAGACAAGGGCGUGGUGCUGGCUGCAGGAGCUAGCCUGCCUUUCCAAAGCCUUUUUCUCAGUCUCUAGGGCUGAGCAAAGGUGCCAGCUGCAAGCAGGGCUGCACGAGUUGCCCUGCACUGUGGAGAAUUCUGGGCUGGCUGCUGCUGUGCAGAUUGCUUGGGAUGAAGGAACCACUUGGCAGAGGAGUAUUCGGGUGCUGGAAGGUCUGUGACUGGGUGAAACAAAGUCAAAGGGAGCAAUGUGUGUGUGUGUGUGCCACCCUCCUGUACCCGCAGCCCAGGCCCUGCCCCUGUGCAGCUGUACAGCACACACAGUGUGGGCUGGGGGCUGCGUGGGACCUGGGCUGGAGGUAGGAGGGGGAUUGUGAGCAGCAGAGUGUGAUCAGGAGAAGGUAUUCUUCCAAUCUUCCUUCAGAAGGGAAAUGAUGUUUGAGGUGAUGCUGCCCUCGGCCAGGUUGGACAGCAAGGCCAAGGAAGGUGCAGGUCUGGGCCAGAGCUGGGAGGGAGGGAGGCUGGGAAGGAACCUUAACCUGAUGAGACACCACAGCACUUCACCUCCUGCAAAGAAAAUAGGCAGAUGUCUCUUCCCACAGCAAUUCAGAUACUCAAACUGCAAUUGAAACGCAGCUGAGUGGAUCUGGCUCCACGGGAGAGGUGUAUCCCACUAGAUGCAUCCUGAGAAUGGUGGUUCCCUUCAGCAAGCAAAUGCCCCUGGGGAGCUUUGCUGACACCUGGGCACUCCCUGGGCUCUCCCCCUGACCUGCACACACAGCUCCCAGCAAUAACUGCAAUAACAAUCCAUAUCCUGCUCCCCACCCACUUCCAGCUGCAGAUUGUGUUGCAUGGUGCUGUGUUUGUCUGGUAUCGAUGGGAAAAAUGCCUUUAUGCAUAUCUGCACCCUGUCUCUGCUGUGGCAGUGGGAGAGGAGGUGCUCCCUGCCCUUGUGCCUUGCUGUCUGGCCUCCUCCCAGCAUCUCCCAUUGCUUCUGCUGCUGCCCCCUCUGAAUGCCUUUGAUGACAGUAUUAGCCUGGGCUUAAUGUCACAUGGACACUUUAUGGAAAAAUAGAAUCUGCUCUGUUGCCAGAUCCAGCUGUGUCUGUGGGCUACAGGAAAAAUAAACAUGAUUGGAAAA